AUGGGCAACGCGCAGUCUCGUCGUCAGCGCGAUGCUGAGCAAGAGCCUCCCGGCGAUGACUCCUCCUCUUCUCAGACAGCUUCGUAUCCCAGGUCGGGGAGCGCGAACAACCGCUUGACGGCCUCAGAAGAUGCUGUUGCUGAAAAUCUCGUUCGCAAGCGACGUCGCCAUUCUUCCUCUGACGGCCUCGAGACCGAAUCGGCUCACCGGCUCUCCCGCAGACGGCGAGCGUCGCCUCUUCCAGACUCGGCGCCCGAACCCGAGGCACAACAACGUUCCGCAGAAGCGUCACAGACUGCGAUGGAUGUGGAUACAGUAGAAGCUCCAGUCAUAUCAUUCACUCGCUCGGCAACUACGGGAGCAACCGCACCCAUUGUCAAUCAAGCUCACCCUCCACCGUCGGAUCUACAGCAGAGAUUCGCAGUCGUGCAGUCGCGCGCCGAUGCUUCGCCUGGCGAUGAGGGUGGCGCCACCCCCCCUCCGCACCUGGAUGUUCUGCGCGACGAGAGGGAGCGUGCUCGACGACAAAUCCUCGAGGCUCUUGGUGCCGCAGCUUCAUCCGCGACAAGUGCUCAGCAAUCCAACGACGGCACCACGGCGACUACAACAUCGUCGACGCAAGCCGCUACCUCGGCCACGACUUCUUCAGCCAUCCCGUCUGAUGCUUGGGCGUCCGCUACCGUUGCCGCUUUGCUCGGGUCUGCGGCCGCAGCACCUGACGCAGACGCUCUUGCUCAUGCUCCCCAAGUAAACGCCGCCAGCUCGCGCGCCGCAGAACCGGUUAGCCCGAUUCCAGCUUCGAGUCCGGCGUUAUCGUCUACAUCACACUCUCACUCACAGCAGCCGCAAGCGCAACAGCAACAACAUCGUCCACAGCCCCCUCGAUCUCAAGCUGUCCGUGUUCCGCUGCAGGCAGCGAUGAUCAGUGGCACCUCGAUGGUAGUACAAGGAGCUCUCGUUGCUAGGAUUCUGAACGACCGCCCAGCUUCGUCAGCAUCGUCCUCAUCCGAGAGUGGCACUACUGGACAGGCAACCAGAAACGAAACAAGCACAACACCGCCGCCGCCUCCUCCCUCCGGUGAUGUAUCUACUGGAACAGAGAGCGACUCUGGCGUUCCCGGUGCUACGGUCGAGGGCGAUACGAUGCGUGGCGCUGUAACGCUAGAGGAGCAAGCCGUCAUGCUUAGUCGCAUUCUUGGCAUCGCAGCUGCAGCCACCGCUGCAUCCCUACUCAACGCUUCCGAGGCACAACACGUGGACCCGUCUCUACUCCAGACCAGCCUCCGCCGUCCUUUUGAGCGCAUGAACCAGGCACCAAACGAACGCAACGAGCGCUGGCUCGCCGACUGGCAACGCAACGGCUCCCACACUAGGCCACCCUCUAACAGCUCCAAUGCGGAGUCGACUCGAAGGCAAGCUAGCAAUCACCCUUUUGCUGGUAUGCCGCGACAUCGAGACGGGAUCACGAGACUCGCCCGUCAAAUGCAACAGUAUAUCGAUGGACAUGACAGUCCUGAGCCUUGGCAGAGCGUCGACACUGGCGAUAGGACAAACGAAGCGAGCACAGGCACGGAAAACAUUCCCGCUGCUGCCGCACCUACCGCUCCCACGGCGGAUGGGCCCACUGCUGGAUACGAGACAGCCAGGCAACAAGAGAUCAUCGCACGCCUUCUGCGUGCAGCAGAGCGCGACGCUGCUUCGCGGAGACUAACGCGAGUGCGAUCUGCGAAUCAUUCGACCUCUUCAACCGCAGCUACACCAAGUGACCGAGCGCGUUCUUCCAGCUUUGGCGCAGCUGGACCUCUCGCCGCCAGCACGCAGCCAGAUGCGCCGCGCCGCGGUCUAUCUUCGCUCAUUCGAUCCACCAUCGGAUCUUUUCUGCAUCCUAGCCGUCUGUUGUCCGGCCGCAGCUCGCAUUCGACAGAGAGGCCAUCGUCGGACUCGCAUCAGGAUGGUUGGACCAGUGCAUCCGCGGGCCGUGGCGACCCGGGCCCCACAGCUGCGCCGCCGUCCGACUUCUCUCUGGGUCCCAACGAUGUCGCUGGCCCGCUUCGACAGGUGCGAAACGGGAUCCUGCCCGACGGCGUGCCUGGCAGCUUCGGCAGCUUCCUCAACCAUUUGGUGAACGAUCUCAUGGAGGCGGUGCAGCUUAUGCGGCCCUCGAACGAAGCAUCGAACGAACGGGCCGAGGUGCAAACACCGCAGACGACCGACUACUUUGAACACGCCGCACGCAGCCAAGCCACCUCGGGCGCAGAGGUGCUGGACGGAGAGACCUCUGCUUCUGAUCCACAAGCUCAACCAGCGCAGGCUAGUGAUUCGCAGGCUGGCCCUGGCGAAGAGGAUCUUGAGACACAGGCUAGGCGACAACGCGAUUUCCAGAACGGUAAUCUCUCGUUUUUCCGACUGUUUCGCUUCGAUCCUGUGUCGCCUUCGCAGCUGGUGCCAUGCAUUGUGGUGGGAGUGCGCAGUCUCAGCGUCAUGGAGCGGUUCGGCGAGGAGAUGAACCCGGCUCCAGGGCCUGGACGAGAAUUCAACGGUUCGCGCCAGCAGACUUCGCGACCAACAACGCUUGAAUCUGCUCGAUCUUCAGCCACACCACAACGUCAGCGUGCCCAUUCAGUGGGCGCACAGGCGUCGACACCCUCGCAAAGCCAAUCAACAGAUGCGAGUGGGGAGGACCUGCCCGCAUCGCGAUUUAUGCUGUUUGUCUCUGGAGGUCGCUAUCCGCCGAACCAUCCGCUGCUCACGUCGAACCCUACGACGGCCGGUCGCGAUCUGAUGACCCUAAUGGAUCUGUUGAGCACAAUGCAGGCCAUGCAGCACAAACCGAGCACCGUGACGCAAGCUGAAAUUGACGCCAGCGAUCUGGUCAAGAUCAAAGGAUUCGAGGUGGCCGCCAAGGUGCAAGACGGAAAGAUCACGGAAAAUAUGGCAGAGCGCUGCCUGGUCUGCCUUGAGGACUGGCAGGACGACGACGACUGCCGUGUGCUUGCUUGUCGACACGCCUUCCACACUACGUGCGUAGAUCGAUGGAUGACCUCGUCGUCUAACACUUGCCCCAUGUGUCGACGCCAAGGUGUUAGCAAAGACGGCCACCAGGCCGGUGCAGAAACGGCCGACUCUCGACGAGCAGCACAGACCUGA